ACCUUACUGGUUAGCAUGCAUGGCGAAUUAUUGACUGUGAACACUGGCAGCAAAGAAAAGUGCACACAGUUAAAUAGUGUUAGUAACACACGCGCAGAAAAAAAAACGCACACAGUCCACCAAAGCCAUUGCAGCGUGACGUUGGAUAAAAAUCAUCAGUUGCUGCCAGAGGGCUUCAUUGACGAACAAACCACCGCCGAGGGUGGUACAAACGACCGGGGUUACAGAUGGAUUGGUGAUAGCGAGUGCGAAAGUGUUAUGUUAGUGUUACAGACAGAAGUGACAAAGUUCAAAAUGACUCCUCUAGUUUUGUUGUUCGCUUUGACAAUUGGACAUGUAACCGGGGUGGUGGAGUUAAGCUGUAGUGACAAUGCUACGUGCAUCGAGCAGAUGCUUAAGGAUACAGCGAGGAGUUUGCGGCAGCAGAAGACAGUUAGGUUGUUCGAUGCACUGACGAUCGAACCCUUGGGCAUGAGGUCGGCGAGAGCGAACGAGAGUCCUCUGACGAGAUUCACGAAGAAUCACGCUUUCAGCUUCGACUGGAACGAGUAUACGUUUAGAGUGACGCGACCGCAGGGCAGGAGUGACGUCAUGGACUUGGAAAUCUAUGAGAGCAGGAGUGCCAAAGAUGUUUCGGAUCAGAAUCCGAAGAAAUCGUCAAGCAAAGUCGAGGAAGAAAAGGAAGAAGACAAAGGGCCGCAUCGACAAAAGUUAGGCCUAAGGAGGCGGCAACGGAAAAAAGUCCUAAUGGCUGUAAUUCCCCUGCUCUUCGGCAUGAAGUCUGCUGCAGUAGUCAUUUUCGCACUUGCCAUAGUCACCGCCCUGACGCUGAAGGCGUUCGUUGCUAGCAAACUGGCCCUACUGGUGACAGUUGGCAUGGCCGCCAAGAAACUGUACGAAUCAUACACCAGUGGCGUCGGUUUACAAAACCACCCGUAUCUAUAUUCGCAAUACCCGAUUGACUUUCCGAGCGCCUCUUCGCACGCAUACUCCGUAAGCGGAGUGAGCCCACAGUUUGCAGCACCAGAGAUGUAUAAUCCCACUGCAAUGGCAAACCACCCACAUGCACACGAGCUCUUGCAGACCGCAGACGCCACCGCUCAGCAGUCGCAACAGGCGCCGACUCUCCAACUAGUUAACUCAACAAGAGCAUCAGAAAGAUGGGACGCCACCUUCAGAGGGAUGAACUCGGAUGUUCCCACCACGGCGGUCUACGAACCAGAAGUUGCUGACAGUGCACCACAACCAAAAGUCAUACUCGUGCCACAACCCAGACUGAUUGCGCAAAGAAAAAUGACGUACAGAAAAACGUUCAAGCACAGGCCGAAGAAAUACACAGAACUGAAAAUCAGCCUGGAACGGUUGAAACACAACAAGGACUUGUACGAUUAUUUGAAAACGAAAAAAUAUAAAUACAACUAUCCGAAUACUUUUUACUACCCGAAAGUCAAGUUUUUUGUCAAUCCAAACACUUUUAUGGCUAGGCCCAAUAAUAGCAGGCUUAGGCCUUACAGAAGGGAAACAUUCGUGCCUACUAAUAACGCAACCAACAAUAUAAGUAAUGCAACAUUAUCGGCAUCUGGUGAAUGGAAGCCUAUUAUAGUUUUAGCUGAACAUCCAAUUUUGUCGAUUAAUUUUACUAAAAAGGCCCAACCAAAAAAAGCAUACAAUAAAACUAAACCAGUUUUUGGACCGAAAAACCGCAUGAGAUCUAAAAGAAGUAUCGACGAUGAUUCUACUGUAGUCACUUACCGCAAUUCCACUGUCUUUGAAAAUGUGAAUCAAAACAGUUUUGGAGUCGGUAGGAGAAGUAGAGGCUUUUUAGAUUUCUUUGAAAAUUUACUUAGUUCAGAUUUUAUGGAUAAAGUUGUUAAGCAGGCUCAAGACUAUGCUAAAUAUGUAAUCAAAGAUUCUCUUAAGUCUAAAGAGCCUCCGAAAUAUUACAGUUUUGCCUACGAAAUAUUAAUGUGGACUUUAGAACUGAUUGAUGGGUAUGUUAGUGUAGAAGAACAGCUACAUGAGCAUAUUAAUAGUAAAGAAGUAGACAAGAUAAAACCAGCAAAAGUAAAGACGACAAAAAAGAAAAAGAAAACGAAGUCCUAGGUUCAAGUUUUAUAUACGGAAUCGAACAAUUUGCAUUUAAUUAAGGUUUUUGCAUUUAAACUAGCAUUUAUAGGGUAGCGUCAGC